CAGACCUUAAGUUGACAAAGGUUGAUUUACUACAGUUGCAUCAUAAUCUGUCACUUUUGAGCUUAUAGUCCUGACACGCAGUAAAGGAAACCAAACUCAGAAAAGAGACAAACUGCUGGAGGAAAAUAAUUCAUCUGACAGCAAAGAUGCAGUGGAGUCUGAUUCUGCUCUUCCUGAUGGCUCAGUGUUGCAUUGACUGUCAGCUCUAUCAGUUUCACUACAUUAAUGAGAAUAAAAACUGGACUGAAGCUCAGCAGUACUGCAGAGAGAAUCACACUGACCUGGCCACAGUGACUAACAUGAAGGACAUGGAGAGACUCAUCAACAUCUCAGCUGGAGAUCAGAGGGAAGCUUGGAUUGGUCUGUAUGAUCAAACACAUGGUACCAGAACAUGGUACUGGUCUCUGCCUGAUGUGGAGUUCAGUGAAACAAACUGGGCCACUGGAGAACCAACUGAUAAUGGAAAUCAAGGAUCUGAGAACUGUGUGAUUGUGAAUAAAAAUCUCAGUUGGAUAGACAGCUACAAUGAAACUAAUAAAACCCAUAAAUAUCACCUGAUUAAAGACAUGAAGACCUGGCAGGAAGCUCAGAGUUACUGCAGAGAGAAACACACAGACCUGAUCAGUGGAACGAAGCAACUACAGGAUGAAGAAGUGAAGAAAUUGAUGGACUCUUCAAGAGAUUACUCACACAUUGGUUUGUUCAGAGACACCUGCAGGUGGUCAGAUGGAAGCAGUUUCUCUUUCAGACACUGGAAUCUACAGUUUGACAAUCAACAACCCAACAGAGGUCAAUGUGCCAUGACUAAGUUUGAUGGUGAAGGCAGAUGGACGAAUGAGAACUGUGAUAAUAAAAAACCCUUCAUAUGUUAUGAGGAUGAAGUGAUCCUGAUCAAAGAAAAUAAAACCUGGGAGGACGCCUUGAACUACUGCAGAGGUCACCACCAUGACCUGGUCACCAUCACCAACAUGGAUGAUCAGAGAUGGAUCCAGGAGAAAGUCAAGAACGCAUCGACUGAUCAUGUCUGGAUUGGACUGCACUACAUCUGGUCUCUACGUUUCUGGGUCUGGGUCAGUGACCAGGAGGUCAGCUAUGAGAACUGGGGCUCACCUGGACAGAUGGGCGACUGUAAUGUGUCUGGAGCCAUGGAAACGGGAGGAGGACAUAAGUGGUUCAAAAGAAAUGAUACUGACCUGUUUAAUUUCAUCUGUUCUAAGAAAUAAAUCUCACACAGUCCCUAAUGAGAAGUGGUUUAUUCUGUCAACAAUAUUCUAUAUUGCAGCUUUAUUUUUUUUAAAUAAUUUUAGAUUUUCUUUUGUGGGGUGUGGAAGAAUGUUCAUACAUUAAACCAAGUUAGAUUAUCUGUUGUAAGCUUAUUAGAGUGAAUCUCUUGCUUUUUGUUGUGAUCUUCUUGUACAACAUGUAGGUUUUCCUUCAGUAAUAAAGUCUUUAAACCCUGCUAA